AGACGGGGGGCAAGGUGAGCUGCAUCCGUCCAAAGUCCCGCGUGCACUCCUCCAGAGCAACUCCCACUUUUCGGAGGCAGCAGCAGCAGCAGCAGCAGCUGAGGAGCGCGGUCGUGUUCGCUUCACGGAGGAUUAAAGGACCAUCAUGGCAGCGGAGUGAGGCGCCUGGCGGGGCUGGGAGAGAACUGUCUCGCGCGCUCCGUUUUCGCAGGAGAGAAGGACGAGGAGGAGGGGACCCCUGGCUCGUGACGCCCCGCUGCAGUAACUUCUUCACGCCAUCAAACUGCUAACGGUCGGGGAGAGGGAGGGGGGGCUGCUUCACCUGAACGCCGGCGGUGUUCCGCACCGACGUUAGCGCUGACGCCGACACCGAGGCGGGACGCAGGAAAGUUUUCGGGGCUUUGCGCCACCUCUGCGGUGUAACAAUGCGGCUGACACACACUCUUUCACGGACUGCGCUGCUAACCCUGAUGGUUGUCCGGUGGUCCCACAGCAUUCUGGUGUCUCCUGAAGAGGCGAACCAGUUUCUGAACAGACAGAGGAGGGCAAACCAAGUGUUCGAGGAGACGAAGCAAGGACACUUGGAAAGGGAGUGUGUGGAGGAGAGGUGCACCAAAGAGGAGGCCAGAGAAGUGUUUGAGAACGACCCGGAGACGGACUACUUCUAUCCCAAGUAUAUAGCCUGUGUGGAGAAGUAUGGAGAUUCAGAAAAGAAAAAACAGGAUCUGGUCACAUGUGUUCAUAAUAUUCCAGAUCAGUGCUCUCCUUCUCCCUGCAACGCCGUAGGAACGGUGCGCUGCGAGGACAAAAAGGGCGACUUCCUCUGCCACUGUUUUACAGGCUGGACAGGAGCCAGUUGUGAUGAAGAUGUUGAUGAGUGCAGCAACGCAAACGGAGGGUGUGACCAUGAGUGCAACAACACCGUGGGUAGCUACCGCUGCUCCUGUCACCAAGGUUACAGGCUGGAUGGACGCCACAUGUGUAGCGAUGUGGACGAGUGUCUGGACGACAGCGUGUGUGGAACGGCACAAUGUGAGAACACUGAAGGCGACUUUAACUGCUUGUGCGACGUCGGAUAUGUGUACGACAACGAAAGCAAAAGCUGUAUCGACGUGGAUGAAUGCGAGGCCAGUGUGUGUGCAGGGGAGUGUUUGAACACCCCGGGGAGUUUCCGCUGCUUCUGUGACGGUCGGCAGGGUCUGAAGCUGGGACAGGACCUCAGCAGCUGUAAGAACAUAACUCGCUGCAGGAUUCUGUCACCAAAGAGGAACCCGCGUUCUCUCUACCUUGGCCGCAUGUUCAGCGGCGUGCCGGUGGUUCGCCUUCGUUUUCGCCGCAGAGUUCAAACCGGCUUUUCAGCAGAAUUUGACUUGCGCACCUUCGAUCGGGAAGGGGUGAUCUUCUUUGCGGGCGGUCACCUGAACAGCUCCUGGAUUGUGUUAGCAAUGCAUCGUGGGAGGCUGGAGCUGCAGCUGAAGUACGGCGCAGUCAGCAGAGUGACCAGCAGCGGGGCUGUUGUCAAUGACGGGCAGUGGCGGAAGAUAUCAGUGGAGGAGCAGGGGCGGAGCCUCGUCAUUAAGAUCGACCGGGAGGCUGUGAUGAAGAUCGCCGUGAACGGGGAUCUGUUUACGCUGAAGAAAGGCAUGCACGAGCUCAACCUGACUGUUGGAGGAGUCCCCUUCAGAGAGGACCGCCUCGUCAAUCAGUUGAAUCCACGCCUGGACGGCUGCAUGAAAGAUUGGCGCUGGCUGACGGGUGAAGAUACUUCCAUACAGGAAACCAUUCAGUCCAACGACAACAUGCAGUGUUUCAGCACGGAGGUUCCCGGAGCAUUUUACCCUGGAGCGGGCUUCGCCUUCUUCAACAUCACCUAUGAGUCCCAGAACCUGACAGUCCAGCUGACGCUGCUUCCCCUCUCUGCUAUCGGUGUUCUGUUUGCCCUCGUUCACCAGGACAAAGUGCCUCUGUCUAUUGCUCUGGCCGACUAUAACCCUUUAACUGAAGAAUGGCGAGACUUCGUUCUGGUUUCCGUAGGGAAUGUGGUCGUUGCCAGCUAUCCUGCGCCUCUGUGCGACGGCCAACGUCACGACAUCCAAGUGACCAUCUCGGGCAACCAGACCUCACUUUUUAUCGAUGGCGAGGCUGGAAGGAGUGAAGACGUGGAGAUUCCCACUAACCUCCUCUCACAUUCCAGCACUUUUAUCGGAGGCAUCCCAGACGUGCCUCUGGUGUCCACCGUGGUGUCAGCACCCUACAGCGGCUGCAUGGAGGUCAGUGUAAACGGACGGUCUCUGGACCUGGACCAGGCCAUCCACAAACACAACGACAUCCGCUCUCACUCCUGCCCCCUGCUGGACUCUGACCAGUGAUGAACCUGCUAUUUUUGCAGUCCACCAAGAAUGUUGUCCAGGCAACAGAGGAUCAUUUGUAAAAACAAAAGAAAACUUUAAACUCUCUGACAAAUAAGAAAGUUGAUAUUGGAUUUUAGCUUCAAAAGUAAACCAGUGCAGCUAAAGCCCAGGCACACCAUCACUUACUAUCCUCACACUGUGAUGACAGUGCUGCUUCUAGGUAUUUGCAGGGUUUUAACUCCAGUUUUCUCAGUGUUAUGAUGCACAUCAGACAAGCAGCAAUUUAUCUCUAUCAUCAGCUAGAAAUAUGCACAUCACUUCCUAACUGACUGCCUGUCGAUUGCAGCCUUGUAAACCCAUAAGGGAAGCAGGAGUGUUUUCCUCCACAUCUUGUGGUUAAACAAAGAGGUGGAGAGAAGGCUUUGUGGGCGUGUUGCUUUGAUUCGAUUCAUAUUCAAAGACUGAGGUGCUGACACUGAGAAAAGUGGAAAGAGAACUCAAAGGGUUGGACUGAUAACGGACUUCUUAAAUGCCCUUAAAAUGCUGACUCCUCCCCACUAUAGCGCCGCACUGAGCUGUGGUGUCGAACCUUGCACACAGUUGCAGGUAUAAAUGGACUGCGGCGGGUGAAGCCACCGUCUGGGAUUUCCUCUCUGCUGCUAAGCACUCCAUGUCUGCCUGCAACCUUAAAAAAAAAAAAAAAUCAACCUCGUGCCUACAAAACAACAACGAGCCCAAACACGUCCUGAGCCUCCCCCUUCUCCAAACAGGUCAAUUAUUUCACAAGGGUGCAGUACUGUAGGAGAUCAAACACCACGUCUUGUUGCGGGAAACUGAAACCAACCUCCUAUGCAUUUUCACCUGUGGAUUAUCAGACAUUUCUAUCACCGAAGCCCCGCCCCCAUCCUCUCUCUGACUCACGGAGACGGUCAACCACACGGAUCAACCUGAGGAGGAUGGAGGGGCCGUAGAAGCACAGGGAGGGGCCCGAGCACUGCAUUAACCACACGAGCUACUGAGAAUGACCACGAGUGCGCUGUAAAAUGCUGAGUCUGUAAAUAAUGUGACUGUACAACGCUUUAAACACAACAGAACGGAAACACUACCUUCAGUUCCCUGUGGUUUCACGCACAGUCGAUCCAAAGCUGAACUAAAAAAAAUAGUAUUUCUGCCUGCACCUUUAAGUUUCUGUAACAGCUGACGGGUGUGAAACGUGCUGGAGAGUCGGCUGGAGCCAAAGCCAGGAGGUCCGAGCAUCAUCCGUCUGUAGGAACUCGUCUUCAUCUAUCGGUGCUGAGCAACCCACAAAAUAAAAGAAUGUCAGAGGAGCAUUUUGACCCAGAAUGCCAAAAGGGCUCCUUCUUUACUUUUACUUCAUUCUGUAUGAUUUUUCUGUUUGAUGAAUGGAUGCCAGAGUAUAGAGCUUGAUCUUUUAUUGUAUUUUUUUUAAUCCUAUGUGUUGUAUCUUGAACUUUAUUAUUAUAUUUUAUUCCUGUUUUUAUUUUUCACUUUAAACUGCCAGUAUGUGUACAAUGCUGAGUGAAGUCGCCCUGACCUUCCUCAACAGUGAGACUCCUAUUUAAAAAAAAUAAAAGCUUUUUGUUCAU